UAAAACAUGAUAAGCAAUACGUAAACGAUUCGUGAAAGCGUCGUGGUCAUCAAAUAACGAAUACCUCGUUUUCAGUUCUUCUUGUUCUGAAAUUAAUGCGUUUGAAACUGUUAUUUGACUUUCAUCAAACAAUAAUUUCUGGAACACAAUCUGUUCGUGGACUAAGAUUACCCAAAUACCAAAAACCGAGUAAGAAAAAAAUGGCAUUGAAGGAAAAGGAAGGAAAGCAGUCGCAAGUUUCAGAGUUGAAACCUUGGCCAUCCUACAUUGAGAAUCGUUUGAAGCUUUGGGAUAAACUUAAGGAAAAACAUAACAAUGAACUUGCCAAUAAAAUUCUGGAACCUAUAACUAUAACUUUUCCCGAUGGAAAAACCACUAGCGCUAAGGCUUGGCAAUCUACGCCAUAUGAUGUAGCAAAAGGCAUCAGUCAAGGACUUGCGGAUAAUACAGUAAUUGCCAAGGUUAAUGGCGAACUUUGGGAUUUGGAUAGACCAUUUGAAAAAGAUUCAACGUUGCAGUUACUCAAAAUUGAUGACGAAGAGGCUCAAAAAGUAUUUUGGCAUUCAUCCGCUCAUAUGCUAGGAGAAGCAAUGGAAAGAAUAUAUGGUGGAUGUUUGUGUUAUGGUCCACCAAUUGAAGGAGGAUUUUACUAUGAUAUGUUUAUUGAAAACAAAGGAGUAUCGAACUUUGAUUUUCCUGUUAUGGAAAAUCUUGUCAAGCAAAUUGUUAAAGAAAAACAACCAUUUGAACGACUUGAAGUUAGUAAAGAAGAUCUGCUCGAAAUGUUUAAGUACAAUGAAUUUAAAGUGAGAAUCCUUAAUGAAAAAGUUACAACACCAACAACUACUAUUUACCGAUGUGGGCCAUUAAUUGAUUUAUGCAGAGGACCACAUAUUCGUCAUACUGGCAAAGUCAAAGCUUUUAAAAUUAUCAAAAAUUCUGCUACUUACUGGGAAGGAAAUGCUACAGCUGAAACAUUACAACGUGUCUACGGUAUUUCAUUUUCGGACAAUAAACAAAUGAAAGAAUGGGAAAAAUUUCAAGAAGAAGCUGCUAGAAGAGACCAUCGUAAAAUUGGAAGAGAACAAGAACUAUUUUUCUUCCACGAAUUAAGUCCAGGAUCUUGUUUCUUCCAACCAAAAGGUGCACAUAUUUAUAAUACUUUAAUUGAGUUCAUUAAAAGUGAAUACAGAAAACGUGGAUUCCAAGAAGUAGUAUCGCCGAAUAUUUACAAUAUUAAGUUGUGGCAAACAUCUGGUCACUGGGCACAUUAUUCAGAAAAUAUGUUUUCGUUUGAUGUUGAGAAAGAAACAUAUGCUCUGAAACCAAUGAAUUGUCCUGGGCAUUGUUUAAUGUUUGAUCACCGUAAUAGAUCAUGGAGAGAACUACCUCUUAGAAUGGCAGACUUUGGUGUACUUCAUCGUAAUGAGUUAUCGGGUGCUUUAACUGGAUUAACACGUGUUCGGCGUUUUCAACAAGAUGAUGCUCAUAUAUUUUGUACUACUGAACAGAUUGGUCAAGAAAUGAUGAAUUCAUUAGACUUUUUACGUCAUGUAUAUACUGUAUUUGGAUUUACAUUCCAUCUUCGUUUAUCAACAAGACCUGACAAAUAUUUAGGCGAUUUGGAAAUGUGGGAAAGUGCUGAAAAGCAAUUAGCUGAUAGCUUAAAUUCAUUUGGUGAGCCAUGGACAUUAAACCCAGGAGAUGGUGCUUUUUACGGACCAAAAAUUGAUAUAACCAUUUCGGAUGCUUUAAAACGCCAUCAUCAGUGUGCUACCAUACAACUUGAUUUCCAGCUUCCAAUUCGAUUUAAUUUAAACUUUAUCAGUGAAUCAGGAGAAAAGAAACGUCCAGUAAUUAUACAUCGUGCUAUAUUUGGUUCAGUAGAAAGAAUGAUAGCUAUUUUAACUGAAUCAUUUGCUGGAAAAUGGCCAUUMUGGUUGUCACCUAGACAAGCUAUUGUAAUACCUGUUGGUCCUCAGUUUGACGAAUAUUCAGAAAAAGUUAAAAAAGAAAUAUACGAGGCUGGAUUUAUGUGUGAUGUAGAUGUUGAUCAUGGUGAUACAUUAAACAAAAAAAUUCGAAAUGCACAAUUGGCACAGUAUAACUUUAUUCUCGUUGUUGGAGACAAAGAAAGGACUGCAAACACUGUAAAUGUUCGCACAAGAGACAACAAUGUUCAUGGUGAAUUCAGUAUUGAAGAGACAAUUCAAAGACUACAAAAAUUAAAAAUAUCAAAAACUAAUAACAGCGAAGUUGAAUUUUAAUUAAGAUUAAUUUAUAAAUCAAUGC